CCCGUGUCAUCAGUGUCUUUAGUUGUGUUAAUUAGUCUUGUGUAUUUAAGUCCGUGUGAGAGUAUGUUUCCAGAGUCCGGUCAUUCUGUCACGCAUCCGGCGCGGGGAAACAGCACAGGAGCCGAAAUCGGGCGAUCACACUCGGGGACAUGAAAACGACGUCAUGACGUUAAUGGGCACGUGCGUCCCCAGACUCGGGAUGUUAAAAGUUUCUACUGAAAGGCGGGAAGAUGCGGCUUCAAUAGUACUGACAUAAAGUGCAAAAAUUUGGUAUUUAAGGGGUAUUUAAACGAGUAGAAAAACAGCGAAUAUAGUUAGUUAGCGGGCUGACCGUCAUUCCCCCGGAGUGAGCAGGGCUUCCGAUCCGGAUCCAGCGGGAAACGUUCAAAGGAGCGGAUAUAUUUAAAAUGAAAUCUAUAUUAAAAACUACUGUACCAAAGAAGAAAACAUGGAAAUGAUACUGAUGGUGUGAGAACGGGCGGAUCACUGGGAAAACAUCCGCACGUUUGCAUGUCCGUUUCAGUGUUUGUAAGUGCAGAGGCAUUAAUAACCAUCAUCGUUAUUUUCAUUAUCACUGGUGGAAUCGGCGUGCAUGUGGGCUAUUUGCGGUUUCUGAUCAUUUCUGUACGUUAUCCCGGUCUCCGUGUGAACUUGCGCAGUAUGUCCCUGGAUCCCCAACCAUGCAGAUCUCUUUCGGGUGACUUGCCUCCGGUUUAUCGCCUUCAUAGUCUGGCCGGAUCAUUAUUCUGUGAGUUACUGAGCAAUCAACAGCGGUAACUAAAUACCAAGAGAGCCGAGUGACCUGUAUUUCAGCCCAUUAACUUCUAGGUUGUUUUUUUGUUCCUGGCAACUUUUAAUACGAGAAACUAAGCAAAGAAACGCGAUGCUGCCUGGUUUGCGGGGAGCCCUGCGACCGGCCACCGGUUCGAAGACGCGGGUGCUGUGGACGCUGCUCCACCGGAGCGCCGCACUGCCCCUACAGCCGGUACAGCGCCGUAACCGAGGCACGCAUCCGCCCAAGGAGCCCAUGGAGCCGCUGAACACGGCGCCGGGGGCCCGGGACUUCAUCUACAGUCUCCAUGCCAGCGAGCGGGCGUGUUUGCUGCGGGAGCUGCACCGCUUCGAGUCCAUGGCAAUCGCGCAAGAGAAACUGGAAGCGGCACCUCCGACCGGCGCCCAGCUCAGAUACGUACUUUUGCAUAAUGCCAUUCCCUUCGUUGGAUUCGGUUUCCUAGACAACGCCAUCAUGAUCGCUGCAGGAACGCAGAUCGAGCUGUCCAUCGGAGUGGUGUUUGGGCUCUCCACCAUGGCAGCGGCCGCCCUCGGGAACCUGGUGUCGGAUCUGGCGGGCCUUGGCCUCGCAGGCUACGUGGAAGCCUUAGCGCACAGGCUUGGCAUGCAGAUCCCGGAUCUGACGCCCAAGCAGGCAGACAUGUGGCAGACCAGAGUGAGCUCCCACACGGGCAAAGCCAUCGGGGUCACGAUCGGCUGCCUCCUGGGGAUGUUCCCGCUGCUCUUCAUGAAGGACGGCGAUGAACAGGAAGAUGGGGAGAGUGGCCAAGGCGGGAAUUCGUCAGCCCCCAGCAGCGAGUGAAACUCGCCUGCUGAUCAGCUGGGUGUAGCUGCUGGACUGUAACUGACAUGAAGAACACAAGGCAGACAUUGUUCUGGGUUUUUAAUGCUGUAUCGCGGUAAUGCCUGAUCUCCAUGAGUUAAAAAUCAUGCAUGCACUUCAUGAAUGUUCUUUUAUUGAUUUUUAAUAACGUCAGCACUCAGAUGAGAAACCUCAUUGUCCAGUCUUCUGUUUGUAGUGUAUGAAGAUGUUUCUUCUCAUCAUUCAGAAUACACCAGCAUCUGGAAGGAUUCAGGCUUCAGCUUGCACCCCGAGCUGCAGUUAAACAUCUCGGGGACCAGUAUAGACACUGGGAUGCCUCUUGUCCAGCUGAGGGGGACCUGGGAACUUUAGAUCAGUUUGUUACUUCUCCCUCAUUGCUCUUUCAUUUCCUCUCCCCCUGUUUUUGAUUCCCUCUGGUUUUUCCCUCCGUCCGUUUUCAGAUUCAAAGCCUGUCUACAGUGACAGGUUAUCUGUGAUCAUUUAUGACGACAUAUUAAAUAUCAGCCAGUAAACCAUU